GCCCGGAGACCGCGGCGUACUUGGACUUCCCUCUCCAUUCGCCAGCCGCCUCUCUCCGGGUCCCCACGGCUGCGAACUGAUCUGGCGCGGGGGGGCAGGAGGAGGAGAAGAGCGCAGGCGAAGGAAAGGGCGAGAGAGCCAGAGAGCCGGAGGCAGAGGGAGUAGUGGCCGCCUUCCGGAGCCGGGAUUCAUGCCUGUCCUCGGGACCAGCCAAGGGGACUUUACGGCUGAGUAUGAGCCAGGCUGCUAGAAGCCAGGUACCCCCACGCCUGCAGUCCCCUCGCCGUUCCCGGUAUGCGAGCAGGACGCAGGGCUCUUCCAAGUUCCCACCGAGCCGAAUAAAAAGCGUCCUCCCGCUGCUCUCCGCCAAAGACGGACAUUGACUCCAGGACUCCACAGAAUGGAGCAAGAAUGAGAGGAAAAAGGCCGGCAGAAAAGCAUGAACUGGAGGUUUGUUGAGCUCCUCUACUUCCUGUUUGUAUGGGGCCGUAUCUCAGUGCAGCCCUCCCACCAGGAGCCAGCUGGGACAGACCAACAUGUCUCCAAGGAAUUUGAUUGGCUUAUUUCAGACAGGGGGCCUUUCCACCACUCCAGGAGCUACCUAUCCUUUGUGGAAAGACACCGUCAAGGAUUUACAACCAGAUAUAAAAUAUACAGGGAGUUUGCCCGUUGGAAGGUGAGGAACACAGCCAUAGAGAGGAGAGACCUGGUCCGCCAUCCAGUGCCCCUCAUGCCGGAGUUUCAAAGGAGCAUCCGUCUGCUUGGCAGGAGACCCACCACUCAGCAGUUCAUUGAUACCAUCAUCAAAAAAUACGGCACCCACCUGCUCAUCUCUGCUACAUUGGGAGGAGAGGAAGCUUUGACCAUGUACAUGGACAAAAGUCGCCUUGACCGGAAGUCAGGAAAUGCUACUCAAAGUGUUGAAGCUUUGCACCAGCUUGCAUCAUCCUACUUCGUCGACCGUGAUGGCACCAUGAGAAGGCUCCAUGAGAUCCAGAUAUCAACUGGAGCAAUCAAGGUCACAGAGACACGCACUGGGCCUCUGGGCUGUAACAGCUAUGACAAUCUGGACUCUGUGAGUUCCGUCCUUCUGCAAAGCACGGAAAGCAAACUGCACCUUCAAGGUCUUCAGAUAAUCUUCCCACAGUAUCUGCAAGAGAAGUUUGUUCAGUCGGCUUUGAGCUACAUCAUGUGCAAUGGUGAGGGAGAGUACGUCUGUCAGAACAGCCAAUGUCGCUGCCAGUGUGCUGAGGAGUUCCCACAGUGCAACUGUCCCAUUACCGACAUCCAGAUCAUGGAGUUCACGCUGGCUAACAUGGCCAAAGCCUGGACUGAAUCUUACAAGGACCUGGAGAAUUCAGAUGAGUUUAAGUCAUUUAUGAAGCGUCUCCCAAGCAACCACUUCCUGACCAUUGGUAGCAUCCACCAGCACUGGGGUAAUGACUGGGAUCUGCAGAGCCGUUACAAGCUCCUGCAGAGUGCCACUGAGGCUCAGAGGCAGAAGAUCCAGCGCACUGCCCGCAAGCUCUUUGGUCUCAGCGUGCGCUGUCGCCACAAUCCCAACCACCAGCUGCCUAGAGAGAGGACAAUUCAGCAGUGGCUUGCAAGGGUCCAGUCACUUCUCUACUGCAAUGAGAAUGGGUUCUGGGGAACCUUCCUGGAGAGCCAGAGGAGUUGUGUAUGCCAUGGUAGUACCACACUGUGCCAGCGUCCCAUCCCAUGCAUCAUAGGUGGGAACAACAGCUGUGCCAUGUGCAGCCUGGCAAACAUCUCACUCUGUGGCUCCUGCAAUAAGGGCUACAAGCUGUACAGAGGCCGCUGUGAACCACAGAAUGUGGACUCUGAACGGAGCGAGCAGUUCAUCAGCUUUGAGACCGACCUGGAUUUCCAGGACUUGGAACUGAAGUACCUGUUGCAGAAGAUGGACUCGCGUCUCUAUGUUCACACUACCUUCAUCAGCAAUGAGAUUCGCCUUGAUACGUUCUUCGACCCUCGGUGGCGCAAGCGCAUGUCCCUCACUCUCAAGAGCAACAAGAACCGCAUGGACUUCAUCCACAUGGUGAUUGGCAUGUCCAUGCGUAUCUGCCAGAUGCGCAACAGCAGCCUGGACCCUAUGUUCUUUGUCUAUGUCAAUCCUUUCAGUGGAAGCCAUUCAGAGGGCUGGAAUAUGCCCUUUGGGGAAUUUGGCUAUCCACGUUGGGAGAAGAUCCGUCUGCAAAACAGCCAAUGCUACAACUGGACUCUCUUGCUGGGCAAUCGGUGGAAAACUUUUUUUGAGACUGUCCAUAUUUACCUGCGUAGUCGGACUCGGCUACCUACCCUACGUAAUGAGACCGGCCAGGGCCCCGUGGACCUGUCGGAUCCCUCCAAGAGGCAAUUCUACAUUAAGAUAUCAGAUGUGCAGGUGUUCGGGUACAGCCUGAGGUUCAACGCUGACCUCCUUCGAAGUGCCGUGCAGCAAGUGAAUCAGUCCUACACACAGGGUGGUCAGUUCUACUCCUCUUCAUCCGUGAUGCUCCUCAUGUUGGACAUUCGGGACCGAAUUAAUCGUCUGGCCCCUCCUGUGGCCCCAGGAAAACCCCAGCUGGACUUGUUUUCCUGUAUGCUGAAGCACCGCCUGAAGCUGACUAACAGUGAGAUUAUCAGGGUGAACCAUGCCUUGGACCUCUACAACACUGAGAUCCUCAAACAGUCUGACCAGAUGACAGCCAAACUCUGCUAACCCGGGACCCUUUGCCAUGAACUUUCCUUUCUGUUGUACACAUACAACAGAAUAAAAUAAAGCAAAACAAAAGAAAACACAUACAAACACACACAAAUUUGUAAAAUGUAAUUAAUAUUCAAAAGAAAGGAGAAAAAAAUCUUCAUUUGUUGGAAACUAAAGUGUUCUAGCAACUGUAUAAAACUGUGGGGCAUGUCUGUUACUACUAUAUUCUGUCAUGAAGAUGGGUCUCAGACUUUUGUGGAGCUUUGAGGUGGUGGCUUAUUGGGCCUCAGGUGCUGUGUGGAGGGGGGGAGAAGGGGAGAGCAUAUGAAAUGAAUUGUAAAGACCUCUGCUGUGCAGGUGCUAAGAUUAAACACUAAAAGAGAAAGAAAGAGAUAUAUGUAAUGUACCUCUGACACUGCCAUUUUUCCUUGUGGGAGGAAAUGGACGUAGAUAAAGAAGAUAUUUCUUCGGUUAACAUUUCUUCCCUCUCUAUGCUUAAUUCUUUGUGCUUCUUUUGAUGCUUUGAUGGGUUGGGGGAUGCAAAGCAUUGCAGUCUUACCUAUAUGGCUUCUUUACUUCUCAAUAAAUGGAAGAUAAUGGAAGCUGGCUAAUAGGUGGGGCUGGAAGAACAUAAGCUGACAGAACUGUAGAACAGUGAAUAACUUUAGAUUAAAGUUAUUCUCAAACCCCUUAGUCUAGAAAUUAGGGUCAAAGGGAAACAGCAUGCUCAUGAAUACACCCAUAAUAACUGCCCCAAUACUGGUUUGAAUCUGACCUUCUGGUUCCCUUGCCCACAUACAUUCUUUCUAAGUACUGUGGACACUUUUGUGUUUUCUGCUCCAAAAGUUUUUACUAAAGGGUAAAAGAUUUCUCUAUCCAAGAUUGUAUUUGAUAGUUGUUUUGCUUGUGUAAAAUUUUUUUCCACCUACUUUCUCUAAGAAGAAAUAUAGUAUCAUAUUGUUCAGAAAUAUUUUCCCUAUUAAGGGUGUUUUUUUUUUAAUUUUAAUAUAGCCAAUGACCAAGUAAUAACAAUAAUAAUAAUGUAAGUUUUAGUACUGUGUUAGAAUACCAAAGGCUUCUCAAGUACUUUUUAAUUACUGUUGGAAUAACUUAGAAUACACAUGAGCACAAGUGCAUAUGCAUCAACCACUUGCCACACGUGUGUGCACAGUAUAAACACUGCCACUUCUUGUGAGGGACGUGGGUUUAGUAGCAUGAGAGACACGAGAAUGCAGGCUCUUCUCAAGGCACUUCUGUAGAAGAUUUGGGAGGACAUUGCUUAUUAGCCUUAGGGUAUCAGCAUUUGUUUUUCCACUGGAUAGUAUGGGGCAAGAGAUACUUGUCUGCAAUCUAGAUAGUCAUUUGGGCAUUGGGAGCGAAAUGCAGAAUCAUGAACGUGUACAGUGGAAAAUAGAAAUAUUCUGAUCUAAGUCAUCGCUGUUCACUCAUUGCUUGCCUGGACAGGAAACUGCUUAAUUCUGUUUUACACUUUCCUUGAAUGCUGCUUUCACCAAUGGGAAGGAAUAAUUCCCAUUUCAGCUUAUGUUAUAAAAGCUAUCUAAUGAUUUGAUAUCACUCCAUACUUUACACACCCACAACCCAGCACACACUGGCUUCAGUUCUGUUACAUGAUAUGUUCUCUACAGUGUAGAUGUCACCAGCACACCAUAUGAACCCAUUCAAAUAAUACUUUAGAAUGAAAAGGGAGGGCUUCAGUGUACAAAAAAAUUUUUUUUUCUGGUUUCUUAGAGUGAGUAUGAGGGGCAAAAGAUUUUUUUUCAUAAAACUAAAUUAAAAUUUUAAUAUUUUGGAUAUGAAUUAACCUACAUUUACAUUCUCAGCUUUUGUUCAUAUAGUUUGGAAAUCCUUUAUGUAAGGAAUCACUUUACAGAAUGUCCCCAGAGCAUAAGCAGAUCCAGGAACUCAUCAAACAAUUUUUAAGCAUCUAGUGCAUGAAUGGAGAAUAUCUGAAAUAUAAAUAUUGAAAGGAAAUUGUCCAUGUUUUCUGAGAUUCAAAUAGUAAUUAAAGGGACAAACAUGUAAGCCAAUGACUUAAAUAUAUUUUAAUAUAUACAUAUUUAGGAUAUAUACAUAUAUAUCACCAAGAUGAGUGUCAUUAUAGAAUUGGGCAUAUAGAAAAUAGCCCUGAGGAAACUAUAAUCUGCUUGGCAGUCUGAAAAAGAAACUCUCUAUAGAAGAAAUAGUUAUAUUGUCAGUGUUGGAAAAUAAUUAGAACUUUGACAAGUAGAAGGAACAUGAUAAUCAGAGAAAGGAUGAAAACAUAUACAUAUCUUCUGAAGAGCAUUUAGGGACUAGCCCUAACAACAACUUCUCAAAGUGUCAUUUUUAAGUGAAAAUACUGUCUGCAAGAGUGAGAAUAUUGAUUCUAUAGGAGAAAUAGAGACAACCAUCCACAAUCAUUAUGACCUAAACAAUUUUUCAGACAGAUUACCCUCAGCUCACUUUCUUUUCUCCCUUAUCUCCAACUCCCAAGGACUCCCCCAUAACUCCUUCCUGGAAUCUCCUUGCAAGCUGAAGAGCUUGGAAGGUUGCUAGGCAGUCUUCAUCUUCAUGACAAUGCUGCUUUAUCCUUAUCACAAUGACAUUAGGCCCUUCAAUCUGGUCCUCAUCAGUCUUUACCCAAGGUAUGUGUGGAAAAAGCCACUCCCCCUUCAUCUUGGAAAUAUGAGGCAGUCAUUUCAUCUUGGAGAUACAUACAGUGUAUGAUGUUGAAAAAUUAGGGAAAUAUAGUUAUUUU